CCUCUCUCUUUCAUCCCUCUAACCCUUUUCUCUCAUCUUUUAAUCCAUUUGCACAUAAUGUCUGUCACUGCUUCCACACCUGCCGCGCCAGCAACAACUCACAAGACUAGCCGUCACUUUGUCAAGAAGCCAAGCCAGGAUGAAAAGAAUGAAACCAUCAAAGAGAUUGAGGCCAACAUUGAAAAGAUCCGUCCUCGUCUGAAUGCUGUCCGUGAUGCCAUUGCCGGAUUGAAUGACAAGUCUGAUUCUGAUCCUAGAACUCCUCUUCGCAAACGCCAGAAACAGAAGGAUAAACAAGCCAAGCUCGAUCAGCUCACUGCCUUGGAGAACUCUUUGAAGAAGAAGAUCGCAGACUUGAAAGUCACUCAGGACAAGCUCCCUUUUAAGACCCAGGAAGCUGUUGAUGCUCAGAUUAUUCGAAUCUGGAUCACUCAAGUUGGUCGAGAGAAGCGUGUCUUAUCCGAGAUCUCGAGUUUAAAGAAGACCAAGAAAACUGUUGAGGCUGUUCAAAUCCAGGCUGAAUUGGAUGAAAUCAAUAAAGUCAAGGAAGAAGGCAUGAAAAAGCGCAACGAUCUAUUUGAUGAACGCACCCGUCUACAGAAGGAGCUUGACGCUGAGUACCAACGCAAGAAGACUGUGAAUGAUGAGUACUUUGCUGCUCUCCGCGAGUAUCAGAAGUUCCAGCAAGAGGAGCAGGUUCGCAAGCGUGAAGAAGGAGAGCGCCUUGCCAUUGCCAAGGAGGAACGCGAGCUUGCAGAGAUUCCUGCUUACACUAAUGAAAUUACUCUUUGCGACAGUGUCUACAGAUACUUGCUCCAGUUCAGCAAUGACGAGAAACGCAUUGCUGAAGCGGCUGUUGCUGCUCCCUCUGAGGCUAGCACUCUCAAUAUUCGCCAGGCCGAUACUACCACUAAUGUUCCUAGCGGUGUGAUGCUCAAGAAAAAGGCUGACAAGGAAGAGGAAGUAUUCUUUGUUGGAAAAUCAAAGAAGAACAAGGGUCCUAAGGAGAAGAAAACCGAGAUCGUUGUUCCUACCUCGCCAGCUGACCUUGGAAAGACCUUGGAUGCUUUGACUGAGAAGAAAGAAUACUUCAAGGCCAACCAAGCAAAGGCAACUGAGGAGAAUAAGCGCAAGGCAGAGGAGCGUAUUGCUAAGUUGACCUCGUCUGACAAUACCGAGACCGAGGCUACUCCUGUGAAGGUUACCGAGAUUGAGGCUACUGCCUGUAUAAAUGGAUUGGAGUGA